UUCUCACUCAACGGGCUCUCACUCGAUCUCUUCAAUCAUCAUCGAUCAUCACUUGGAUGUCAGUUAUACUCUCUUCUCUACUACCACCUUCUGGUCUCUGUUAUUCGCCUAACCUUCAAUCUCUCGUGGAGUUCUAGAUUCUGCCGACGUUGAGAACUGUAGAUUGGGUUUGUGUGUUUGUAAAGAGAUGGACAGAAUCAGUGGAUUGUCUGAUGAACUGCUUGUUAAGAUACUACUAUUUGUUCCGACAAAAGUUGCUGUGUCCACAAGCAUCUUGUCCAAACGGUGGGAGUGUCUUUGGAUGUGGUUGCCCAAACUUAAGUACGGUCAUAUGUAUUGUUCAGAGUCUGAAUGGGAGAAGCUACAGUGUUUCCUUGACAGAAACCUGCCAUUACAUAGAGCUCCUGUUAUCGAAAGCUUCCGUCUUGAAUUGUUUAAUACACGUCUUAAACCGGAGAAUAUCAAAAUGUGGCUUGUAUUAGCUCUUUCUCACUCCCUACGUGAGCUGGAGAUAGUCUAUGUGUCAUAUCCGAAUAGGCUAAACAUUUUGCCCAGUAACUUGUUUACCUGCAAAUCGCUCGUGAUCUUGAAACUCGGUGGCCGGAUCCUCUUGGAUGUUACUCGAUUGGUCUCUCUUCCCUCUCUCAAAACUCUGAGACUUCUUAAGGUGAAAUACUUUAAGGACGAAACUCUUCAACGGCUUCUAUCUAAUUGCCCUAUUCUUGAAGAUCUAAUGGUGGAUUUACAUGAGCGUGAUACUACUACGACAAAGUUUACUGCUCUUGUUCCAUCUUUGCAGAGAUUGACACUCCGUAUACCGGAUAAUCCUCAUAUAGAUGGGUUUAUGAUAGAAACUCCUGCUUUAAAGUAUUUCAAACUUAGUGGUAAUAUUAGAAAUUAUCACUACUGUUCGAUUGAGAACAUGCCUAACCUGAUCGAGGCGCAUUUAGAUGUUGAAUUCCCUGAUAUCAAGAGUCUUAUUGGAUCAGCCACUUCUGUCAAGCGUCUUACACUAUGUUCAAAGACUUUGCUUGCUGAAGGUUUUGUCUUCAACCAACUUGAACACUUAGAGGUAUGUACAUGCCCAAUGAUUUUCUCCAAUCAACUUGUCCGGCUGCUCAAAGCUUCUCCCAAGUUAAAGAGACUAGACAUUUCCGUCGUCAAUCAUCAUAAGCCUAUAGGUAUGGAUGAAUGGAACCAGCCAAGUACUGUUCCUGAAUGUUUGUUGUCGAGUCUACAAACUCUCAGCUGGUCGGGGGAGUACAUAGGAGAACCACAAGAGAGAGAUAUUGUGGUUUACAUUUUGAAGCAUGCUCUUCACCUAAAGACUGCAACUAUCAAGUCAUAUGAAUCGGCUGUUCCAAAAUUUGAGAUGUUAAAGGAGUUGUCACUUUCUUCUAGAGCCUCAGCAGCAUGCCGACUCAUGUUUGAUUGAGUAUUUUUGAUCACUAAAUUUAGUCUUGUUCUUCAAUUUUCUUGUAUUUGCUUGUGCUCUUGUAUGAUUUGUCUUCCUUGUGAAAACUUGUUAUCCAAACUAUCUUUUCUAUAUGAUGUCCACUGUAGAAACGAAUUAUGUUGUUGUCUGGUGCUAAAUUAUAUGAUCAGAUUUAAUAGUUUAA